CUUCUCAAGUGCAAAAACCAUCAGCGCUAACUUAGCUCGGUUUCCGAGAAACAUACUAUAGUUCCGAACUUCCAAUCCAGUUGGAGAUGUCUUCUGGAUCAAGGAGCGCAUCCCGCGGCGGCGCCAACCCGGAGUGGAGCAAGAAGGAGAACAAGAUGUUCGAGGAUGCACUCGCCUACUACGGCGAGGGCACGCCCGACCGCUGGCUCAAGGUGUCCCGCGCCAUGGGCGGGACCAAGACGGCCGACGAGGUGCGCCGCCACUACGAGAUCCUUGAUAGCGACAUCAAGCUGAUCGACUCCGGCAGGGUUCCUUUCCCCAAGUACAACACCCAGGGCCGGGGGACUUGGAACUGAUUCAUCAAUCAAGGAGCAAAGCUUCUGAAUUCUGAAGAUCCUUCAAAAACAGGGUAAUCUGUUGAUUAUCUAGUCCUUAGCUGUGACCAUGUUAUUGAAGCAGGCAUGAUUAUGUAUGUGUAACGAAGAUUGUUAGCACUUGGUUAAAAAAGACGUGUGUGUGUACAUAAUAUUAGGUUUGUAAGCAAAUCAAGUGCGCUUGGUCUCGCAGACUCUAGCAUGUAUUUGUCAUUGUGUACAGUAUUACUAAUCCCCAAUAAGUUUUGAAGUAAACAUCAGUGGUGUAAAUCCCCUGUACUUGUGUGUAGUGUUUAUGAACUUGUGCUUGGUAGAAUAUUCCUAUUUUGUCUAUCUUCAAGAUUUGGAUGUUUACAUUAGCUAUUUACAAUUUACCAUUAUCGAUCCCUUUGGAUGAAGAGGGAGUAGAUGCGAGUAUGACUAUGUGGCAUCUGAUAACUUGUGUACUCCCUACGUUUUUAUUUACUCCGCAUAUUAGCUUUGACUAAAGUCAAAUUUUGAAAAGUUUGGCCAAGUUUAUAGAAAAAAUGAACAUCUACAAUAAAAUAUCUAUAUGAAGUGCAAAUAUAUUCAAUGAUGAAUCUAGUGGUAAUGAUUUUGUAUUGCAUACGUCAAUACAUUUUUUGAUGAACUUGAUCAAACUUAAUAAAGUUUGACUUCUCACAAAACUAACAUGUGGAGUAUAUUUUCCGAAGAUGCAUGACUGCCUCAUACUUCUGUGGAGUAUCUUACCAGCCGUGCUUAAAGGAAUUGUACUAAAGGAGAUGUAUCAGGCUAUUGCUAAAUUGGGAAGAAUUUUUAGGAAGUUGUGUGCCAAAACAUUGAUCGAAAUAAUUGAAGGUUUAAAUUCCUCUAAUUCUACACAAGCUUCGGAAGAUCUUCCCACUCCCUUCUUUGACGUAAUGGUGCACUUAGCUAUUCAUCGCCCUGAUGAGUCACUUGUACAAGGCCCUAUUUAAUGUGGUUGGAUGUAUCCAGUUGAGAGAAGACUAGGGUACCUUAAAGGAAUUGUUCGUAACAGAGUAACGCCUGAAGGUCUUCUGAAGUAUGCUUGACUUUUUACCCUGGAUAUUUGCAUG